AUGUCAUCAUCUGAUGUGCCUGUAGUGAAUGAACCAAGACUUAACAAAAUCAACUUCGAUAUCUUAAAUAUAACUGCUAUCUACAAACAAGAGUUUAAAGAAUUCUUAGAAUCUACUUUGAGAA